CUGGAUAAAAUUCAUCCAAAUCAAUUUUAUCCAGAAAGAUUUUUAGAUCAAGAUCGACAACAUCAUCCAUAUGCAUGGAUUCAAUUAGGUGCUGGUCAUCAACAAUGUCUUGGACAAGAUUUUAGCUAA